GCUUAGUUCAAGUUCUAGCUUCUGAUUCGACCGAGCAAUCCUCAACUCGGCUAGCCCUUCUCCGCACCGCCCUGGCAUUGCAGGGCCGUCUCUUUCACUCGUGAUUCCGCCGUCAAACCUCGCCGCGGCGAAACAAAGGGUUUAUGGCCUUUCCUGCUGCUUCGGGAGAGUUCAUCAGUUGUCGUCGGUACUUUGGCGCUCUUGCCCCGCAUAUCAACCGAGCCACGUCAAGCCGCUAUCAAAGAGCCUUUAUCAAACUGCGCCACGCGUCAACUUCAUCAUUAUCUUUACACAUCACAGGUUCUUCGAACCUCUUCAAAACCUUCUACACGCGGCCCCUUUCCAUCUCGCCUUCUCGGUCCCCCUCUCUUUUAGAUUAUCGAUAUCCCGUCCAUCGCCGUUGGAAGUCGGAAAAAGUUGGAGAGAUGCCGUUCGAGAAGAUCAAGGUUGCGAAUCCUAUUGUGGAGAUGGACGGGGAUGAGAUGGCAAGAGUGAUUUGGAAAUCAAUAAAAGACAAGCUAAUUCUUCCCUUUGUGGAAUUGAAUGUAAAGUACUUCGAUUUAAGCCUUCCCUCUCGUGAUGCUACAAAUGAUGAAGUUACUUCAGAGAGUGCAGAAGCAACUCUCAAAUAUAAUGUAGCAAUCAAAUGUGCAACAAUUACUCCAGAUGAAACUCGAGUUAAAGAAUUCAACCUCAAGAACAUGUGGAAGAGUCCAAAUGGAACAAUUAGAAACAUUUUGAAUGGUACGGUGUUCAGAGAGCCUAUCUUAUGCAAGAAUGUUCCAAGGCUUAUUUCAGGGUGGACAAAACCCAUUUGUAUUGGAAGACAUGCUUUUGGUGAUCAGUACAGAGCUACUGAUUUGGUUGUAAAAGAGCCAGGGAAGCUUAAAAUAGUAUUUGAAGGAAAAGAGGAACAUGUUGAUUUAGAGGUUUUCAAUUUCACUGGGGCAGGUGGUGUAGCAUUGUCCAUGUUCAAUACUGAUGAGUCCAUCCGUGCCUUCGCUGAAUCUUCAAUGAAUGUUGCUUAUCAAAAAAAGUGGCCGUUAUAUCUUAGCACCAAAAAUACAAUUCUGAAGAAGUAUGAUGGAAGAUUCAAGGACAUAUUCGAAGAAAUCUACGAAUCUAAGUGGAAAUCAAAAUUUGAUGCUUCUGGCAUAUGGUAUGAACACCGUUUAAUUGAUGAUAUGGUUGCUUAUGUCGUCAAGAGUGAAGGUGGUUAUGUGUGGGCUUGCAAGAACUAUGAUGGUGAUGUGCAGAGUGACUUCUUAGCUCAGGGGUUUGGUUCCCUAGGUCUAAUGACAUCAGUCUUGGUCUGCCCUGAUGGAAAAACAAUUGAAGCCGAGGCAGCACAUGGCACUGUAACUCGUCACUAUCGUGUUUACAAGAAAGGAGGUGAAACUAGUACAAACAGUAUUGCCUCAAUUUUCGCUUGGACACGAGGAUUAGCUCAUAGGGCAAAGUUGGAUGAUAAUGCUCCAUUGCUUGAUUUCACUGAAAAGCUUGAAGCUGCCUGCAUUGGUACCGUGGAGUCGGGAAAGAUGACCAAAGACCUUGCGCUAAUUGUCCAUGGACCCAAGGUAACCAGGCAACUGUAUCUGAAUACCGAGGAGUUCAUUGAUUCAGUAGCUGAGGAGCUGGAAAGAAGGCUAUCUACCUAAUCAACAUUAGCUGAUGAAAACACUUUUAUUUGGUCCUGUAAUAACUCCGCUCACCCCCAAGCUGGAAUUUAACUUUCAAGACGAGUAAGGCUUCUCAAACCCCUAAACUUGAUAUAGUUUCUACACUUAUCUCACUCGACUAUGAAGGAGCAUGAGCUUUGAUAAGUUGGAAGAUCAACGUUUCAUUUUUAUUUAAAAUAAGAAUGUAGUGUUGAGAUGCUUGUCAUCUUUUGCCGGAUUUAAAGAGAAAUUUCUCUCAAGAUACAAACCAUAUGAGUUUUCAU